AUGGACACCUCACUUAUUCCUCAUCCAUUAAAAACUGGUAUUACCAACUGGCAAAACUGUAUAAACGCUUCCAAUUCCGCUGCAGGAACUCUGGAAACCAAAUCUCAGCGGCGACCAGGAUCCGGAUGCUCUAUUAAGAACUUCAAUCAACCUCAGUUUCAUAAUAAAGAGAAAGGAAAGUCAUUUUCGUUAAAGGAAUGUGCAAUUUCUCUUGCUUUGGCGGCUGGGUUGAUAGCCGGGGUUCCUUCAUUGGAUUGCUCUAGUAACGCAUAUGCAGCUACUCCUGCAUUGCCUGAUCUUUCUGUUUUAAUAUCUGGACCUCCAAUUAAGGACCCAGGAGCAUUAUUAAGGUAUGCUCUUCCAAUUGAUAAUAAAGCUAUUAGGGAAGUGCAAAAACCACUUGAGGAUAUCACAGAGAGUCUCAAGAUCGCUGGAGUCAAAGCACUUGAUUCCGUGGAGCGAAAUGUUAGGCAGGCAUCUCGAUCUCUUAAGCAGGGGAAGAGUUUGAUUAUAGCAGGCUUGGCUGAAUCAAAAAAGGACCAUGGAGUUGAACUGCUUGACAAGCUAGAAGCUGGAAUGGAUGAGCUUCAACAGAUUGUUGAGGAUAGGAACAGAGAUGCAGUUGCACCAAAACAGAAAGAGCUGCUUAAUUAUGUCGGAGGUGUUGAAGAGGACAUGGUAGAUGGGUUCCCUUAUGAAAUCCCAGAAGAAUACAGAAGUAUGCCUACAUUGAAGGGGAGAGCAGCUGUGGACAUGAAGGUCAAGGUUAAAGACAAUCCCAAUUUAGAUGAAUGUGUGUUCCACAUUGUUCUAGAUGGCUACAAUGCUCCAAUAACUGCUGGGAAUUUUCUAGAUUUGGUGGAACGGCACUUCUAUGAUGGCUUGGAAAUCCAGAGAGCGGAUGGCUUUGUUGUUCAAACUGGAGAUCCUGCAGGUCCUGCAGAGGGUUUUAUUGAUCCUAGUACAGAGAAAACUCGGACAAUACCAUUAGAAAUCAUGGUGAAUGGGGAGAAAGCACCUUUCUAUGGAGCAACGCUGGAAGUAAGCUCCUCUCUGUCUCAUCUCAUGUGCUUUUUACAUUAAACAUAGAUGAUGGUCAAAAAGCAGGGUAUGGCUUCAAUGUUUUGUCAUCUCUGCUUAAAGUGCUUUAGGCACUUAUUUCCAUAACUUCAUGUUUUAUGUAAUGGUACUUGAAAUGACUAUUCAAAUACAUAAUUUAUGGACCAAAUCAUCAGAAAAGUGGCUUCGAUGACACAUUGAUAAUGGUAUUAAAGCUCUCUCAGGAGGUUGAAUUUCAAGCUGCAAAUUGCAUUAUAUGAAAAUUCAAGUAUAUUUAGUCGUAGUCAUAGCUUCUGCAUUUGUGUGAUGUGCCUGAAGCCCCUUCUAUGGAGUGACUAUUAUUCAUGUUGGAUUUUUCUCCUUGAAAUGGAAAAUUUAGAAAUGCAUUGUGAAAUUCCUUUUUUUUUUUUUUUUUUUU